AGAAGAAGAAGUUGUUGUUGUCCCUCUAAACAUGGCGGAGUCCGAACCAACGGCAGAGGCGAGCAGCAGCAGCAUCCCGGAUUAUGAAUAUGUGGACGUGAACACCACAGCCUUCCACAUCGGCUCCUUCAGGGAGGAGUGGCUGAAAAGGCUGAAACCGGAACAAAUCUCCUUCCAGCAGAAAGAUCAGGACACGUUUGAAGCUAACUUUGCUGCUGAGAUGGGCUUAGAAGAGGAAACGAUGGCUGAACUCCGAUCCGUCUGCAGCGUGGACUCGCUUCGUUGCUACUCUGAAGAUCAGCAGCCCGACCCAGAAGUCUUACCUUCAGAACCGACCCUGAAAACUCUCAUAUACAGAAAAAAGAAGCAAAGACGCUCAUCAUCUUAUAGAGGAGGCCAAAACAGACAUGAGCUCUACGCCGGUGAACUGGACCGUCAAACUAUUGGAAGGGCACCAGAGUCAGAGGCUGACAUGGUCCCUGAGGGGGAGCUCAUCCUUUCCAUUAACAUCUACUUCCCUGUGAACUUUGAUAAAUUUAACUACAUGCGACCUCAUGUGACGCUGCUGAUGAGAGGCUCCCAAACCCUGGCCGAGCUCCGAGACGCCAUCUUCUGCGUCAGCGACCUGCAGGUGUGCGGCGAGUUCAGCAACACGCCAGACUUGGCUCCAGACUUCAUCUGCAAGGACCUUUUCAGAUCAGCCUUCUUUUUCUUCGAGGGAGUUUUCUACGACGACAUGCGGCAUCCUGACUGCCAGGACAUCAGCAGGACGACCAUCGAGUGGUCAAAAUCCAACAACUACCCGCCGUUCAGCCAGGCCAAGAUGGAGGACACGCGUUGGGUGGAUCUGAAGGUGAAGUUGGGAUACCCGUACCUCUACUGUCACCAAGGAGACUGCGAACACCUGGUCAUCAUCACAGACAUCAGACUGGUCCACCAGGGCGACUGCUUGGAUAAGAGGCUGUAUCCGCUCCUCACGCACAAGAACAGGGCGGUCACCCAGAAAUGUGCCGUUUGCCACGUCUUCAUCGGCAGAUGGUACACCAUCGGCGACCAGUUUGCUCCCAGUGAUCCAUGUAUCUUCUGUGACAAAUGCUUCCGGAUGCUUCAUUAUGAUGAGCAGGGCAUCAAACUGGGAGAGUUCCUGGCUUAUCCAUACGUGGACCGCGGGGCCUUUAACUGAACUUCCUGUUAUGCUGUAUUAUAGUUACAUUUCAUAAAGAUGUAUUUAUUUUUAUUUUUUUGCAUAAAUGUAUCUUUGUUCAUUAAAGCAUCACUUUCAUCAA